GCUUCUCCACAACAAAGCCCUCAUACCACUCACCGGCCCAACACAACCGUAAUCGUGAAACGCCGGUGUGUGUGUGUGUGUGUUUCUUGUUCUUGUUGUGAAUACGUUAGUGCGCGCGUGUGUGUGCGCAAUUCACACCGGGUUCGCAUCGAUUUGAUAACUAAUACGAUUAAGUAUACGCGAUAGCCAUCGCCUUGUGCACUCUGCGCGUUUAAUACCUUAAAUCUUCCUUCCUCUUUUCGUUUCUCAGAGAGAGUGAGGAAGAGAGAGAGGGGAGAAAGCACCGAAUAAUAUCACCUCGUUUUAUUAUUAUUGAGGCCCCUCUCUCGUGUGUGCUCAUCUGCUCUUCUGCAGCUAUGUCGUCGCGCUCAUCUCACUACAGCGGCAAGUCGCUGUCGUCAUCGGCAGGCGAGACGGUGGCGACGAGCCACAGCACCGGCUCCUCCAGCCGCCACCGCCGUGCCGGUGCCCUCGGCAUCCACGAGCCGCGAGCCCCGCCGGUGAAGAUGUCGGCCCCUGAGCGGCUGCAGCUCAUCCGCAACUCCAUCACGCGUCUGCAGUACAUUUGCGAGAGGCAGUACCACACCGCCGCGCUCGACCAGGCGGCCGAGGCGUCCGUCUCCGCCUUCUUCGAGCGUCUCCGCAAGAAGCUGUCGCGGUUGGAGUUCAGCCGCAGUCACAUCGGCACUCCGGAGACGGGCGGCCCUCAGCAGCUGCGCUUCAUCACGAAGGAAGUGGGCCAGCUGAUGAGCACCGCGAAGGAAGUCGUGAGGGACACGGAAAGCACGUCAGCCACGGCCACCGCCGUCUACGCAGGUCUGCACCACCACCACAUGCAGGAGGCCCUCGCCGAGCUAGAGGAGCUGUCGUCGCUGCUGGCGUCGCAGCCGGCGGACCUGCUCAGCCGCGUGAACACCGAACUCCUCGCUGACCUCGUUGCGUUCCACAUUGAUGAGUUCGAUGCAUUUAUGGCGCAGCGUGUCGAGGCCUUUGUGCGCGAGACGCAAAACGAGGGUGCCCUCUACUCGGGGGCCGUCAUGACGGACGCGUCUCAGCGCGCUGCGCCGAUCGGCGUGUGCUCUGCGGUGCUGCUGGACGUCGCGGUUGGCGUGCGACCGGGCCGCAGUGCCCGCAUUGUAAUCGAACACACCCGACACCAGAUUCGCAAGGUGGAGAACCGCCUGCACGCUGCGGACGUUGCGCUGCAGGGGCACCAACCCACGUCAGACGCGGAGAAGCAGCAGUGCGAGGGACAGCGGCGAGAGUACACGAUUAUGAAGGACCGUGUCACCCACGCCUUGCGCGAGUUGGAGCGGGUGCAGCUGGCCUGGGAAGAGGAGGAACAGACGACGUUUACCCGCGCCGCCUCCGGCAGUCACGACCUCGCCGCGCUCGUGCAGGGCAAGCACCUGCGUGAGACGGAGAUCAUCGAGGGGGUGCAGCGGCUGCACGAUCAGACAAUUCACGCCUGCCUGCCCUUUGCGGUCCCGCAGUACCACCGCCGCUACGGCGAGACGUACAGCCAGCCUUGCCACAUCCGCAUUGGCUUCCACUUCUUGCCCGACACGAACACCGCCGCGGAGCUCGCCACGUCGGCCGCCGCUGCGCCCACCUCCGCCCUUUCCACCUCCUCUCCCGCGGGUGCAAUGCUGCUGCACACGCUAUCGGCAGAGUUUUUGGCGCUUAUGCGUCAGCUGCGAGUCGCCCCGGCCGAUUACGGCACUUUUGCCUGCCUCGUCCCGAGCAAGGAGCAGUGCUGGGUGAACUUUGCGGAGUUUCCCGAGAUGGUGAAGGGCGCUCGCUGCGCUCUGCGCGACGUCGACACCCGCCUGGACCACUCCCGCGCCCUCGAGGAGCAGAAGGAGGUGGGCGGCUACUUCGUCAUGAACGGCGGGGAGCGCAUCCUGCGGGCGCUGCUCAUGCAGCGCUGCAACGUGCCCAUUAACAUCUUCCGCGAGAAGUUCGUCACGCAGGGCCCGCACUUUGCGCCGAAGGCGGUCGUAAUCCGCUGCAAGCGGCCGAGUGGGUUAACGGCACAGAACUACUUCUACUACACCACGACGGGCGAGCUCAUCUUCUCCUUCGCCCGCAAGGUGGUCUGGCACCUGCCGGUAUCGUUCCUGCUGAGCGCCGUGAGUACGCAAAACGUGUCCGCCGUGGAGCUGCAGCGGCUGCUGACGAUCGGCAUGCCUGAUGGCGCCCACGCCGCCCGCGUCGAGGCUCUCCUGCAGCACCACCGCCAGAAGCCCUACGGCGAACUGCGCAGCUUCCUCGACUACAUGACGGUGCUGGGCCGCAUGUACCGCGAGUACCACCAGAGCUCCUCCACGUACCACUUCCUGCCGCUCUACACGAGGGGGACAACCUGCCAGCACGACGCGUGGUACGGCAUGUUUAUGCUGCGUCGACAUGUCCUGCCGCACCUGAACAGCCCUACGGCCGCCACGCCGGAUCUCGCGCCGGACGCGACGGCGGCGGAGCUCAUGGCCUGGCUGUCCCCUGCUCUUCUCGAGGAGCUGGACCGCAAGUUCAACGCCAUGAUCGCAAUCACCCGCCAGCUUUACUGCUUCAUCGACGGCGCGGUGGAGCACCAGGGUAACGAUGUCCCAGCCUACCAGGAGCUCUUCACCGUUUCACAGGUGCUGAUAGGCGCCUUCGAGGUGUGCCUGAACCGGUACAUGCGCUCCUUCAUCUACCGCCUGGGCCGCCACAUGCCCGCCGCUCUCUUCAAGCGUAUUCUUCGUCUGCGCAGUCUGGUGGCGAGCGACGCCGAGGACGUGCUGCGGCAGGUGCGGCAGUUUGUGGACUACUGCAGCCGCCAUGGCGGUGGUGACCCCCUCGACCAAAUGAAGCGGCUCCUCGUCACGGGUAACAUGAACCUGGACCGCGAGGAGGACUUCUACUGCCCGCAGACCUCCGGCUGGGUCGUCAUGGCCGAGCACUUGAACUUCUACCGCUUCUUCGAGCAGCUGCGGUGCGUACAUCGUGGAAAGACGAUUGCAGGGAUGCGCUCGAGCGAGGUGCGCAAGUACCCGUGUGAGGCCUACGGCUUUAUUUGCAUGGUGCACAGCCCCGACGGCGAGGACUGCGGCGUGCUGAAUCAUUUAAGCGUGUCCGCCGUCGUCUCCAAUUCCCCAGACACCGCAACGGCCGCGCAGCUGCGUGCUGCGGUGGUAGCGGCGGUGCCGAACCUGCGCUGCGGUGCGACGCAGUGCCCCGUCGUGGACCAGCUCUGUGCGACGGUGCCGGUGUGGGUGGAGGGGGAGCUGCUCGGCUACGUCACCGCUGCCGAGGCGGCGACGGCGGCGGCGGCGUUGCGCGAGGGCAAGGCGCUGACGCUGCGGUCGCAGAUGCACGUGACCGGCGUGGUGCGCCGCAAGGACGCGACACCGUUGCACACGAUGGAGGUGAUUUACGUGGCACCGCAGAACAAAGAUCCGGCAGGUCUUUACGUCUUCUACGACUGCGGCCGCCUCAUGCGCCCCGUGCAGCAGCUGGAGUCGGCGGUGCGCAGGGACAACUCGCACCUUCCCUUUCCGUUAGUGUUUAUCGGGACGUGGGAGUCGAGUUGGAUGGACGUCGCCGCGGUGCCGAGCGACCCGCUCGACGCCGUCGUGCAGCUGAACAAGAAGUACACGUACAUGGAGCAGAACGGCAGCAACCUCAUCUCACUCACCUCUACCACGAUCCCUUUCUUUGAGUACAACUGCUCGCCGCGUAACCUGUUCCAGUGCGGUCUGAGCAAGCAGUCCUCCGGCACGCAGCUGCAGGCGCUCGCGUGGCGCAAGGAGGCGAAGCUCUUCCGCACCUACUGCCCCCAGCGCUACAUCAGCCGCACCCUCCCAAUGGACUACUACAACCUCGACGACGUGAAUCUUGGCGUCAACGCGGUCAUUGCCAUCCUCGCCUACACCGGCUACGACAUGGACGAUGCUGUGGUGAUCAACAGCACGGCGGCGCAGCGCGGUAUGCUGACGGCGGGCAUCACCGUCGCGAAGAUUGUGACCGCGUCUGGCAAGGCCAUCGACAAGGACGACGUCUUUGUCUUCCACAACGUUCUCUCAACCGGGGAGCGCUUUACCGGCGAGCUGGAGGCGAACGGGCUGCCCCCGAAGCGGGCGAACCCGCGCAACGACACCUUCUCCUUCGACCGCGAUCACAAGUACCCCGGGCUGCGCGACAGCAGCGACGUGUACUGCUGUGCGAAGCGGGUCGAAAGGACGGACCCGUUUACGAACAAGACGGUCUACGAGUACACCCGCCACCACGCGACGAAGUGGCGGCACUUCGACAAGGGCGAGGACGGGUGGGUGCAGCAGGUCAUCCCGCUCGUCUACAGCGGGCCGGACCCGACGUCGGUGCUGCUGGUGCUGCGCAUUCCGCGUCCGCCGACGGUGGGGGACAAGUUCUCCUCGCGACACGGCCAGAAGGGUACGCUGCCGCUGCACGUCCGCUCGCACGACCUGCCCUUUGCCACCGCCAGCGGCAUCACCCCCGAUGUCAUCAUCAACCCCCACGCGUUUCCCUCGCGUAUGACGGUCGGCAUGGUGCUGGAGAUUAUGACGGCGAAGGUGGGGGCGGUGGAGGGCCGCUUCAUGGACAACAGCGCGUGGGCCACGGUGGAUGAGCAGCCGCGCGUGGCCGAGGUGAUUGGGGACGCCCUCAGCAAAGCCGGCUACAACCGCUACGGCCGCGAGCACCUCAUCGACGGCAUCAGCGGUGAGGAGAUGGAGGCGGACGUGUUCAUGGGCAUCUGCGGUUACCAGCGUCUGCGGCACAUGGUGAACGACAAGUGGCAGGCGCGUGCCCGCACCGACGCGCACACGUACCGGGCGGUGACAAAGACGGGCCAGCCCGUGAAGGGGCGCAAGCGGCACGGCGGUGUGCGGGUGGGGGAGAUGGAGCGGGACGGCCUGCUCUCGCACGGCAUUAGCGAGGUGGUCGUGGACCGCCUCCUGCACGUGUCGGACAAGACGAAGGCGUUCAUCUGCCCCAGGUGCGGCAGCCUCCUCUCCCUCUAUGAGCGGCAUGCGACGGAGUACGGCACGUGGCGCACUUGCCGCUUCUGCGGUGCCGGCGCUGACGAGAGCACAGACACGAUCGCGAUGGUGGAGAUUCCGCAGGUGCUGCGACUUUGGGCGGCGGAGCUGACCAGCAUCGGCGUCCGCGUUGUCCUCAAGACGUCGGAGCUGUCUGACUUCGCGUAG